AUGUCCAAUAGCAAACCCCCAAUAAAAGUACUAGAGUUUUAUAGUGGCAUUGGAGGAUUUCAUGCUGCAUUAUCAAAAACUCAUAUAGCUUUUCAAGUUCUUCAAGCAUUUGACAUGAACAUCAAUGCCAACUUAGUUUAUCAAACAACCCAUCCAACAGUGCCAGUUUCCGUCCGCAAUAUUGGCUUUCUUUCUCCCAUUGAUCUAGAUGCAUUUCAAGCCGACAUGUUUCUUUUAUCUCCUCCAUGUCAACCAUAUUCUCGCAAAGGAUCACGUAAGGGCAUCAAUGACAGUCGAGCAGAUUCAUUUGUUCAGUUACUAGAUAGUAUCAAAAAGAUGCAGCAAAAACCGAAAUGGAUGCUGGUAGAAAAUGUGUAUGGAUUUGAAACCUCGGAUACAUUUACAAUACUAAAGGAAAAACUGGUUGGCGAGUAUGAUAUUCAAAGCUUUGAGCUCAAUCCAUGGCAUUUUGGAAUCCCAUAUUCCAGACCCAGAAUCUUUAUUCUAGCCAAGUUGAGGGUGUGCAAUCAAUGCAAGCAAGACUAUCGACUAGAUACUGAUUCGCAUCAAGGAGAUCAUGAAAAAUGCAGGGACACAACACCACAGAUACUUGCAGGAUUUCUGGACAAUCCUAACAGUGAAGAUACGAAUCCAUAUAUGCUGGUGACGGAGCAGGAUUUGUGGGCAGCAGCAAGACAUUUUGACGUUGUUGGACCGGAGAGCACUCGAUCGUGUUGUUUCACCAAGGCAUAUGGUAGUUAUGCACGAGGUGGUGGAUCAGUUCGAGUGACCAAGAAGAAACCAUCCAUGGAAGCAGCAAGAGAAGGUAAAAGCAAGUGGUGGGAUGAACUAUCCAAAACCCGACCGUGCCCAUUAGUAGAGCUGAAGUUGCGAUAUUUUAGUUCAAGCGAGAUGGGUCGACUGCAUGGAUUCCCAAAAGAGCAGCUAAAGUUUCCCGAGUCAACUACACAAAUUCAGCGAUUUAAAUUGAUUGGCAACAGUCUUCAUGUAGAUAUAGUUCGAAUGCUGAUAGAAUACAUGAUGGAGUGA